AUGGAGGGCCUCAUAUCUGAGCUGAGAGAGUCGCUGAAGGAAGUGCAGGCCCUGUUUGAGAGGUAUGGAGACGAGAUGAGGGGUAAGGGUUGGGAUAUGGGUGUUGCUGCCUUGGAGACACAGGCCGGGGUGCGGUUGCAGAUUGAUUGA